CGAAGCACUUUGCACAACGAGGCAUCGCAACAUCUUUUAAAAUAGAUCAUUCUGUGGGACGGGAGUCGCCAAAAAUGGCUGACUCCGCGUCGACUGCGACUGCUCCCACGCUUUACUGCGAGGCGAAGAAGGUCAAAAAGCUGUUCGGCACCUCCACUGGAUUUUUGAGGCUAGAUCGGGGAGCAACUCUCAUGGCACCCUCGUCGCAGACUGUGUGCAGCGACAAGGGGCGACUGCUGGAGCUGGACGGUGGAUCCCUAGCGGCCCAGGCGGCGGUGGUCUAUGCUAUACUUGUGCGCCUCACGCCACAGGAUCAGCUCAACACGAUCACUGACCAAUCCGCCAAGUGCUGGAGCUACAUCGCACCUGGGGGCCAGCGGCAGGGGCCGUUUGAGGCUCGCAAGCUACUGGCCUGGCACGGCAAGGGCCAGCUUCCAGGCAGCUUCCACGUGCAGCACGGGCCCAGCCGGGUCUGGCUGCCGCUGUCGCUGCUGGCCCGCCAUCACGCGCUGCUGGAGCGCGCGGUGGCGGGCAUGAGUGCUGAUGGGCCGGGUGCGGCGGACGUGGCGUACGCUCCCGUGCACUGGCCGGUGGCCCUCGACACGGAUGUGUUGAUGAGCGACGCGGACGUGGCGGAUGAGAUUGCGCGGCUGCGACACACUGACCGCUUCCUGGUGGCGCUAGACGGCGCCGUGACCAUGGAGGUGGACUCGGCCGGCGCCGCGGCGACAGGGGCGCCCACUGCCGACGUCGGGGUGCUGCAGCAGCUGCUGCAGGAGACGCAGCCGCUCAGCCUGCCCGCGCCCAUGGACAUCGACCUGGACCUCGCCGCACCGGCAGCCACCACGGCUGCCGGCCCCGCGCCGCGCCUGUACCUGGUGCUGGACACGAACGUGCUGCUGCGGCGUGACGGGCUGGAGCUGCUGCACACGCUGCGGCGGCGCUUCGCGGCGUCGUCGUCAUCAGACGAGGCGGGGGCUGCCGGGGAGGGAGUUGGAGCGGCGGCGGCGGCUGCCGGCAUUAGCUGUGUGGCGGUGGUGCCGUGGACGGUGCUGGCAGAGCUGGAUGGACUGAAGAGCGAGCCCAUCCGUGCCCACCUGGGCUGCUCCAUAGCUGCGGGCGGUGAUGAUGAUGGCGAGGAGCGGCCAGUGGCUGUGGCGGCGCGGUCCGCACUGUCGCUGCUGCGCUCAGCUCUGGAGGCCGGGGACCGCUUCUUCCGCGGACAGAGCCUGGCGCAGUUCAGGGCGGCCGCCUGCCAUCCCGCCGCGGCCAUACCGCUUGGUGCCGCGCGCAUUACGCCGGAUGACCGCAUCCUGCAGUGCGCCCUGCACCUGCAGGAUGAGCUGGUUGGCAAGACGGAGGCGAGCGGGCGCGCCCACCGUGUGGCUCUGCUCUCCAAUGACAACGCCCUGUGCAUCAAGGCACAGGUGUGCGGCGUGGCGGCCGCCUCCACCCAGCAGCUGCGUGCGGCGACGCGCGCAGGCAGCGCAGGCGGCGGCAGCGGCGGCGCCGAUGGCGCAAGCGCAGGCGCGCAGGGCGCAGCCUCGGAUGAGGGCGUGUCAGAGCUGCAGGCGGCGCUGCUGGCACUGGCGGAGGGCCGCCAGCCCCCAGUGCUGGAGGCGGGACCGGCCGCCGAGGGCGCCACGGGACCCGGCGGCGGCGGCGGUAACAGCGCAAGGGCGUCGCAGAGCGGCGUCGGCUCGGCUGCCGCGGCCUCAAUCAUGCCGGACGCAGCCACUGCGGCGCCAUUCUCUGUUCGCAUGUCCGACAGCGGUACCGGCACCGCCAGCCCGGCAGGUGCAGCAGCAGCAGUUGGAGCAGCGGCUGUAGGCGGCGAGGCGGCGGUGCCCUCGCCCUCAGGCGCCGCCGGCGACGAGCUUGUGGGUCCGUACGAGGAGGUUCCUGUGUCGGAGGACCCGCUGCUGUACGUGCUGCGUGCGGAGCUGUACCGCCUCACGCGCGCACUGGCGCCGGUGGUCCGGGACAUCAUGGUUGCCGAGUAUGAGGAGCUUUGGACGGGCGUGCUGGUCAAGCCGCCGCCGUGGUCUGGCGCCGAUCUGCUGGAGGUGCUGCAGCGGCACAUGGAGUCGGUGUUCGCGGGCCGCCUGGGGCGCGGCAUGGCGCGACAGGCGGCGCCCGCGCUGGACGCCAUGCUCAAGGACUUGUGGUUUUUCGAGCGCGGCCGCGGCCGGCCCCGCCGAGAGCUGAAGCAUCUGGAGCGGGCCGAGGCGUUCGUGCAGCAGAUCGACGAAAUGCUGGCGGCCUUCGGCGUGGUAAAUCCGCCUCCAGCGACGCCCAUUCCUCCAGCAUUGCUGGCGCUGCGCCCGGGCGGUGGCGCGUGGCCGGGGCCGGGGUCGGCGUGGCCAGCUUCAGCCACCGCAGGCGCCGGCGGCAUGAUGGGGCCUGGUGCGGGCCACGCGCCGCCGCCGCCGCCGCCGCAUGCGGGCCUGCAGUCCAGCCUCUCAGGCGGCAUGGGCGGUAUGGGCGCUAUGGGCGUCACCGGCUUGGGCCUGGGCGGCGGCCUGAGCCUUGUCAGCGGCGGCCUGGGCGGAGGGGCUGGUGCAACACCUGGAGCUCAGAGCGGCGCGCCGGCGGGCCGGGGGCCUGGUCACACCAUCUCUCCAGCCGCUGCCCGGGCCGCGGCAGUGGCGCAGUCGAUCGGGCUGGCAGUGAAUUUGCCGGGCAGUGCGAACGCGGGCGCAGCACUGGCAGCCAGGAGUCCCUCAGGCGCGGCGGCAGGAGGCAACGGCUCGGGGCGCGGGGCGAUGGGCAUGCCGCAAAAUAUGCAGAUGCUCCAGCAACAGCAGCAGCAACAGCAGGCGCUGCACCACAUGCAGCAGGCGCAGCAAGUGCAGGAGCAGCGGCGGCAGCAGCAGCAGCAGCAGCAGCAGCAACAGCAGGCCAACCAGCAGCAGCAACAGCAAGGCGGCGGUAUCGACAUGAAGGCGGUGCUGAUGGCGGCACAGGCCGCCGGCGCGAGUGGAGGCGCUACUGACCCGGCCCUUGCGCAGCUGCUGCAGAUGCUGGUGCAACAGCAACAGCAGGGUGGUGCAAGCGGUGCGCGCCCAACAGUGCCGGCCCGGUCCCACAGCGAGAGCGGCCGCCAAGGAGGUUCGCGUGCGCCGGCCGCGACAGGCGAUGCCAGCACGGACGCCGCGCUAGCACAGCAGUUGCUGGCGCAGCAGCAGCAGAUGCUGGUGCAACAGCAGAUGCAGAAGCAGCAGAUAUUGCAGCGCUUCCACAGCGUCCCGCAGCCGGCGGAGCCCAGCAACAUGCCUUCGUCGGCACAGGCCGAGGCCGCCGCGAUUCAGCUGCAGCUUCUGCAGCUUCAAGCGGCCCAGCAGCAGAAGCAGCAGCAGCAAGCGUCACAGGCGCAGCAGCAACAGCAGCUGAUGGCCCUACAGCAAGCCGUGCUGGCCCAAGCGCAAGCUCAGGUGCAGGCACAGGCGCAGCACCAGCAGCAAGCGCUGCAGCAUCUGUCUCGUGCAUCUAGCGCAACCAGCGGCGCUGGGGGCGAGGGCUCGGGCAGCGCGCAGCCGGGGCUCAGUCCAGCUGCAUCGCUGACGCUGGGCCACUCCGGCAGCGGCCUAGGAGGGCUAGCGGGUCCGGGCGGAGCGGCGGGAGGCGCAGCGUCUGCCGCGCUGCAGGCAAUGCUGCUAGACUCGCAGCAGCGCCAACAGGCACAGCAGGCCCAGCAGGCCCAACAGCUCCAGCAGCAGCUGCAGCUGCAAAUGCUGCUGCAGCAACAACAGCAGGCUCACCAACAGCAGAAGCAACAGCAGCAGAAGGCCAUAGGCUCGCGUGCGGAAGCUGCCGGCGGUAGCGCUUCAGCGUUGACGGCUGGCCUGGCGCCAGAGCUGAUGGCCCUGCUGCAGCAGCAACAGCAGCAACAGCAGCUGUUACAGAUGCAGAUGCAGCAGCAGUACGCCUUCGGCGCCAUGUCGGGAGCUGGUCACCACCAGGAGGAGAAUGACGCGGAGCAGGGCGCCGGAGACCCGCGACUCCGCGCUAGCCUUGUGGCGGCGGCGGCGACCGCCGCUGCCGAUCGCCUGGCGGGCAAGCGGUCGUCGAUGGACGCCAUGCACACCGAUUGAUGAUGCGGCAGGAAGGAGGAUAGGGAAAAGCUAGACCGCUUUGCAAGGAGCGCCGCCAACAGACGAGGUCCUUAUGCUCAGUGUUUCCAUUCGAGGAAUCGACUCAUACUAUGGUUUUGAAGAGUGAAAGGGAGCAGAGAGACCGAUUGGUUUCGCCAGCAUGGCUGUGCCCAUUGUGCAUGCUUGCGAGGCUUGUUGAGGGAGCUGUUGACGAGACUGCGCGUUGUACUAAGUCAUUUUUUUGUCCUCGCUCGCUUCACUGUGUAGGCCACUGAUGGCACCGUGCAUGAGUGCUUGUCACGGUCUGAGGAUGCUUAUAGAAUAGAUUUCUUUCUACAAUGACCGGGAUACUGGGUCGGGUACUGUAGUACCGUGGGUUGGAUUUGGGAGAGUGUACAAAUGCAAGCAGCAACACUGGCGGGGGGGGGGCGACGGCGCCCACAAUUUUAAGGAGCUGUUCGUACACGCCGAAGGACGUCGGAGGCGUCUGAAGAGGACGGCAAUGAAACUGCUUGUGGGGAUGGUGCACGGGUAAAGGCUGAUGCGGGUUUGCAUAUGCGGCCCUUUGGUUGGCAGACAUGAACAUCAUCGCGCCGUGGGAUAUGCAGAAGUGGCCAAUGCAUUGAUUGACAUGUAGUCACUUGGGCUGGGGUCGUGCUGGAAUUGGGGGUGCGGCCCGUCGCGGUAGUAUCACUUUUGAGUUGGGAGCUGUACUCAAGGACAGGCGGCUGCAGGCAAAGCAUGGAGCACGUGCUCUGGCAGCACGAUAGCACGGCGGUCGUUGUGGGUUAUAAGGAUUAAGGAUGCAACGCACACUACGCCACCUGGACGGGUUCAUACUUGAACGCGAAGCCCUACAACACGGUGAUUUGGCCCUUCAUCGGCUGCCCAUCAUGUGCACAAGUACCACUAUUCAGUGAUACAGGGCACAGGCGCAAUGCAGCCGUGCUGCGAAGGUUGAAAUUCAUGUCACUGUGUCAGGGCCGUAUACCGUGUAGUGGCUGUGGCUGCGAAGGGAGUGUACGUGUUGGAGCAGAGGAUGGUUGCCGCCUGCUGUCUGCAUCAGUGACAUGCGAUUGGGCCAUGAUGGAAGGAAAUGCACACUUGGAGGCAAUCGUCCCGCAUACGGUAUGCAUGGCGGUUUGUACAGCCCCGCCAGGCACGUGUCCGCUCGGUCCGGCUGUCAUACAUCAACCGUCUUGGCAACUGAGGCACUGUUCUAGGACCAUGUUGCCCACCAAAACGGAGUGUGGCUUCUUGUAAUGUCGCAUU